CCCAGCUACCUCCGUGAGCGGAUGUAAAGUUCGCUCGAAAUAAAAAUUUACGUAAAAUAAUGAAACGUUGCUGCGCGUACGGUUGCAAAGCAAAGAGCGGUCCCGGAAUCAGAUUCUUCAAUUUCCCCGCGUGUAAGCAACGAGCGAAAGAAUGGUUACGAGCUCUAAAUCGCCCAGACAUCCUCGCCGACCUCAACGAAGACAGACGCAACCUGCUAGAUUUUUACUACGUCUGCGAGGCACACAUCUCCAGGCGCAACAUAGACAAAGGUAUACCAGUCCUUCACAUUGUAAGCAAAGGGACAAGUACAGAUCAAAACACUAACACUGAGGAGAAAAGCACUUCAACGGCAGAUCUGGUUGAGAAUCAACUUAGCAAAGGUACAUCGACGACAGAUCUGAUGAUGCGUAAACUAAGUAGAACCUCUAUAGACAUUAUUGACAUACAGCCCACAGCUUACUACUCCCCUACACAACAUAAUGUUGCUUCUAAACACUUAAACAAACCCGCGCCGAUUGUUUCAACUAACACGCCUAGAACCGGAUACAUAGCUCCAGCAGGGGACAUUUUUAAAACUGCAAAGCCCGUUGAAACACCUCAAGCUCCUAAACUAAGGAAUUUUAGAAAGAAUAUACCCACAUUACCUACGAUAGCUGUUCAAAAACUGCAAACGAGACAUACAGCACCGAAACUUCCAGAUAUACAAUCAUGUGACAAAGUCAGUGAAAGUAACAAUAGGACAGAAAUAAAAACUGAAGAGAAUGCACUAGUAUUGGACGAUAUUGUGACGGCGUUGACAGAACGUCAAAAAAAUGGGCAACAUUCGGAAUCACUUAUGGAUGGACGUAAAAUAACGUUUAAAGUAAAAAUGAGUUUGCCAUAUUUCUGUGUUGAAGAAGCCACAACAUCAGGUACCAGCAUUAAACGUGAACUUGAUGAUGAUGACAUUGAUGACACUGACGAUAAUGUUAACAUAAAGGAAAAGAGAACUAAACCAGGAUAUAAUGCUGACAUUGAUGAAAUUGACGAUAAUGUUAACAUAAAAGAAAAGAGAAGUAAACCAGGAUAGUUUUAAGAGAAUGUAAAUGUAAACAGAACUAUUGUUUUGUAUUUACUGAUUGUGAUAUUUCAUUAGAUAGGUAGUUGCUAAUAUAUUCCUUAAACCUUAAUAAAUAAGAAAAUAAAGGUUGUUAUUAGGAAAUGAUUGUGCCACAAGUCAAAAUAAUUACUAAUGAUUUUUAUAAUAAAUA